GUACAAUAUAGCUGCUUCUCUUUCUAUAACAUCUGUCAUUCUGUUCCUGGAUGCUGAAGCCAUAGGAUCACUUGCGGACACCGUAACUUCAAUUCGCAUUUUGAGAUUGGUGAAGAAAUUCAAGUCAUGUCUGAAGCGGUACAACUUCCAAAAAAGUUGCAUUUUGAAGAAAUGGCUAGAAAGGAACGACGUUCAGAAAAGUAUGAAAUAACUCCCAGACUUCAUGGGCGUUCUUAUGAUGACGAUACGGCGAGAAUUGUGAUAGACAGUGGAUCCAGCAUGACCAAGGCCGGCUUCGCGGGGGAGGACGCUCCAAGAGUCUCCUUCCCCAAUAUCGUUGGAAGGCCGCGUCACAAGGGUGUCAUGGUCGGCAUGGGGCAGAAGGACGCCUACGUUGGCGAGGAAGCCUCGAGCAAAAGAGGUAUCCUGAACCUGAAGUACCCCAUCGAGCACGGUAUCGUCACUAACUGGGACGAUAUGGAGAAGAUCUGGCAUCACACCUUCUACAACGAGCUGCGUUCGGCCCCAGAGGAGCACCCCGUGCUGCUGACUGGAAAAGUCCUGAACCCCAAAGCCAAAAGGGAAAAGACGGCAGAGAUCAUGUUCGAAGUUUUCAACGUACCUGCACUGUACGUGGAAAUACAGUCUAAACUGGCUCUCUACGCCUCUGGUCGUACUACGGGAACCGUGCUAAACGCUGAUGGGGGCGUCACCUACGCUGUGCCCAUCUACGAGGGUAACGUCCUGCCGCACUCCAUCACCCGCCUGGAUUUGGGAGGGGAUGACUUGACUGGCUAUCUGCUCGGGAUGCUGUCAGAACGAGGCUACUCUUUCACUACCGAGGCUGAGCGUGUGAUUGUCCGUGAUAUGAAGGAGAAGCUCUGCUACGUUGCUCUUGACUUCGAGCAGGAGAUGCAGACCGCUGCUUCCAGCUCCUCCCUGGAGACGAGCUACGAGCUCCCUGACGGACAGGUCAUCACCAUCGGCAACGAGCGGUUCCGCUGCCCAGAGGCCCUCUUCCAGCCGAACCUCUUGGGCCUGGAUGGCUACGGAAUCCACGAGGCCACGUACAGGAGUAUCGUCAAGACUGACUCGGGCAUCCACCGAGACUUGUACGGCAACAUCAUUCUGGCUGGCAGCUCCACCAUGUUCCCCGGCAUCGCUGAACGAAUGCGGCAGGAGGUGCCGGCCCUGGCCCCGCCCGACGUGAAGGUCAAGAUCAUGGCACCCCCAGAGAGGAAGUACGCCGCGUGGAUCGGUGGCUCCAUCUUUGCCUCACUGUCCGAAUUCCAGCCGAUGUGGAUCAGCAAGCAGGAGUACGACGAGUCUGGACCAAGCGUCAUUCACAAGUCAGAUUCCUGAUUGGCUCACUAGUGUAAUUUCUGAUGAGCUAAAUAACAUGAAUAUCAUACAACAUGAUAAAUAUUAAUGAGGGUAGUGGUUAGAAUAACUUUAAAAGGUGACGGUUGAAAUGUUCCGUUCCACGAGACGGAGAUGCUUUCUGAAUUACCGGUGCAGCGUGCAUAUCCGACUCAAUGAAAUAUGGACUCAUUGGUAGCGUUGCGCAUGCGCUAUUUUUAGGAUCACAUACGGGAAAGUGACCUGUCACGUGCGAGGAAUUAACCAAUAAUAGGGAAAAGGAGUCCGAUUUGCAUAGGAGUCGGAUUAUGACACCGGUAUGUUGUGCGUAUUUUGAGUUAUCGUGCUCCAACAAAAGAGGGCGCAUUUUUACUACUUUUGAGAGCCCCUUCCAUAUAUAGACAUCGAAUAAAACCUGUGUACAUGUCGCUGUCGGCACAAUAUUUACUGGGGGAAUUCUGUUUGAAUUCAGUUUUAGGCAUUUUCUUAUCUUGCACGAGCACACCAAAGUUAAGUACAUGUAAACUUUUGUCCCGAGAGUAACCUAAAACUAACAUGAAAUCAGUUGUGGUUUUCAUAUGGAUAUUUUAAUUAUAGGAAAUAUGUAACAUCUCGUGGUUUGAGUAUUCAUAUUAUAUAUUCCUCGGGUCGGAAAUUUAUGUUUAUUACUAUUCAGUUUGCAAGGUCAAUCGUACAAUAUACAAUUUAUUAGUAUAAUACUAUCACGAAUUGAAUUGCAAAUUCUGGUUCGAGGGUUUUAUUCAAAAAUAUUUAUUUAUUGAGGAUGAAAGUAUAACACACUACGAAGAAAAGUCUAAAAAAAAAUGAAAUUCUUAAUUAAAAUAUUUUUCGCUUUAUAUAGUUUGUGAGUUUGUAAUUUUUUGGUUAUUCUUGUCAAAACUGUAUUUUGGAGCUUGGGAAUUUCUGAAAUUUGAUUUUGGGACUGGAAUUGUAUCGUUUUGAUUUGCGGUGACACUGUGUGGUAAUAUAAUAACUGCAUAGAGAUAUUUAGUUACUUGUCCUGCUUAUUAUCAACUUUCGCUUAGUGGUUUUAGUUCCGAUAAGAACAGUCCUGCUUUACGUUCUAAAAGAAGGUAUAUUUGGUCUUACACGCUAAAAAAGAGCGGAAGACACGAUAAUGUGAGACAAUAUUUACCAGGGUAUUUAUGCAUGUGCAUAAAAGCCGAGGUCAGUUCUUUGAAAUUUCCAUUGAACCUUACGACCAAGUCAGUUUUAAUCUACAACAGAUGUAUUAUGAUUUCUUUUAUGGUUGUCUGAAUAAAUGAAAUAUCAAUAAGAA